AUGGCAGCAACAACAACAAAAGCGAGGAAACGAUCGCGAUCGAAAUCGACGGAACCACCACCACCACUACCACCAAAAAGCGACGAGAAUGAUGUUAACAACGCUAAAGCGCUUCUUAAAUUGCGUCAAACCGCCGGGAAAAUCCAAACCGCCAUCGACUUUUGCCACCACCGAAUCUUAAAAUCACACAUCGAAUUCCCGAACAAAGACACCGGAGUAAACGUGGAGACUCUGUUAGAAUACGCGAGACGCGUCGCGUACACCACGUCCGCGCCGCUGAAUUAUCAACCAGGGGUGAGUCAACUGUGCGGACAACUCCCACCGGCACCUCAGGAGGAACAUUUUCUCGUCUCGCAGAUGAAGAAAAGACACGAGGAGAAAUUGGUGCACGAGCAAGCUUUGCAAAGGAAGCGACAGCGAGAGGAAGAGACGACGAAGAGACAAAAAGAAAUCGAAGAGAUGGCCAAGUUACCGAAGGAAGAGCUGAUACGAAGACUCGUGCAAUGGAAACCGGGCGCUGCGUGGCCGGCUGGCGUGCCGAAACCCCCGGUAGGGUGGAAACCCGGCGACCCGUUGGCGUUUCUCACAGCGAAAGCUGCUCCGAACGCCCCUGGCGAAGCUUCGCCUUCGAAGCGCGCCGCCGCGGAGAAGCAACCAGAUAAACAAGAAGAAAAACAGCAACAGUUAAGCUUAGAUUUUGAGGAAGACGAAGGUGAAGACGAUUUCGACGACGACGACGCGUUCGAUUUUGACGUCGUUUCCGCCUCCGACGGCGGCGACGACGACAGCGACUGA